CAGUAUUUCAACUGCCUAGCACAUUCGGUAAAGCGUGGCUGGUUGUACCUACCUGAAGAUUUGGGCGUGGCAUGCUGCAAUCCAUACAGCGUCUCUUCACUAAUUGAUUAAAAAUCAUUCUACUAAAAAGUACAAAUAAUCUACUCACAUGAAUGAGAAACGAACGGUACGCCGUCGUCUCGUUCUACCGCCAACCAAGAAAACCGAAGACCGAGGGCGUCUGACGAGUGCUCCGUCGUCAGCAGAUCCACCAAAGAAAUCCACAAGGUUAACUACCCUUCCGCUUCGACGGCGUACAGCAUCAGCAUCAGUACAACGAACAGCUCUAGCAGACCAAAAAGCUGGGACAUUAUGCAAAUACAGUAACCUGUGUACUGUAGCCAAUGCUCCGGUUAAACUGGAAGCGGCAUUUGGGCGUACAUCAGUGGGGCCGAAUUCGUUAGCUGUUAACGAGCGGACUGGUCGAAUUGCCUAUGUAGCCGGAGCGACGGUUGUGCUGACAUCAUUCGAUGGGUCAAGAAAAUCUGGUGAAGGACAUGUUGUUGGAGCAGCUCGACAUCCAUUUACGUGCCUUGCGUUUAGCGCUUGUGGGCGAUAUAUAGCCACAGGAGAGUCUGGCAAUCAACCACACGUUCGUGUAUGGGAAUUACGAGACGAUGCGGGAAAUUUCACGGGACAAUCCUUUCGAAGUUUCCCCUUCCACUCCAUUUCCAUUGUCGCUGUGCGAUUUGUGCCCGGCACAAAUUUGCUAGUGUCUGUUGGUUGCCAACAUGAUGGAACCAUCUGUGUUUGGGACUGGCGAAGCGGUUCCAAACUUGCAACUGGCAAAGUCACUGCUGUGGUGAACGCCAUUGCCAUAUCUCCAGAUAGUUCCAUAUGUGUGACUGCUGGCUCAAAACAUGUGAAAUACUGGCAUCUACCGGCUGGAGAUUCACAGCAAGGAGCAGCCAUGCAGUCUCGUUCUGCAAUCCUGGCUGAUCGGCGUAGUUCUACGUUUGUUGAUGUCGUGUUUGUGGAUGCCGACAUGGUGCUGGCGGUAACAGAAGACGGUGUUCUUGUGGAAUUCAGGAACAAGAAGUACGUCAAAAUCUACCGGUUUGAAGAAAACUGUCUACCGCUGUGCAUCUCCGUUACCAGUGAUGCAGUUGUGCUUGGCUGUACGAACGGUACUAUACGACUAUACGAUAAACAGAAUUUGAAUAUGCUCUGUGUGCUACCUCAUCCAGCCUUUAUUGGCAUGGAUCCAGCUGUUGCUAGCAGUGUCGAAUUACUGGAAGUUCAUCCACAAGGUGUAACUUACCCCGAUGUCCGUGCCUUAUGCUGCACGUCCACUGCCCCAGAGACGUUUAUCUCAGCCUAUGCCGAUAGGUCCAUGUUUGUCUUCCGAAGAGGUUCCAACCCUGACCAGUGGACAAAGUUAUCGAGUUCGCUAGCCCAUGUUGGAGCUGUUACCACAGUUCAGCGGUAUCCCUCUCGGUUCCCCUACCUGCCCAGUGGCUCCUUCAUCACUGGAGGUGUUGAUGGUACGGUUAGGAUUUGGAGUAUGGAAAAGAAUGAGAACCAGAUCUGCCCAGUGCCCAGUAAGAAUCUCCUUUCACCCACUUUGAAAAAGAUCAUCCACGUAGAGGAAAACUUCUCUGCUUUGGUGGAACCACGAGGAGAUGUUGGCCUUUUGCCAAGUGAACGAGUGGAAUCGACAAUUGGCAUUCGUUGUUUGACAAUUUCGCCGGAUGGCAGGCAUUUGGUAGCAGGAACGAAAUGCGGAAACUUGCAUGUCGUCGAUCUAUCUAACCCAGAAAUGAAUCAAAUAGAAGUUAUUGCUGCUCAUGAAUUAGAUGUUCAAUGCUUAGAGUACUCGAAUAACGCUAGAGGAGCCCCAUAUCUAUUCGCAUCUGGUAGUCGUGAUCGCCUUGUUCAUAUAUUUCGCCCAAGUGAUACUAGUUAUGAUCACUGCUGUGUAAUUGAUGAUCAUCAAAGUGCACUCACUGCAGUACGAUUUGUGCAGAACGAAACCAACGAUCUCUACCUGUUCACAUGUGGUUCAGACAAGAUCAUUAUCAUAUGGCGACUGGUCAUUUUUACCCAUGACGCUAUUCAAUUUAAUCGUGAAAAUUUGAUCUCAGCCCCAAUGGGCGUUAAUGACCUGCUAGUAUCAUUGUCUGGACCAUCACUCUUAGCUUCGUGCCAGGAUCGACAGUUACGAUCGUAUAGCUUCAGUGGAAAAUUGCUCAGUACUGUACGUGGCACUGGUGGUGAAGCCGACCUCCAACAGGGAUCUCUUGGAAAGUUCUGCCUGGAUCCAUCAUGUACCUAUGCGGCUAGCGUUUGUUCGGAUCGACAUGUAUACGUAGUCGAAGCAAAAACUGGAAAAUGUGUCGCAGCAGUCACGGGCAUCGGGGAAGCAGCCAUUGAUGUUGAAUUUUCCGAAGAUUGCAGGCGAUUGUACGUAGCGGCUAGCAAUGGCUGCAUAUUUGUCUGGCGAAUUUCUGACACUCUGGUUGCGCGAAUGCAGUCGGCAAAGGCAGCACUAGAUACGAUUCUGGCAAGGUCAGAAUCGCCGGAUAGCUUGCUAGGAAGUGGCAGCGAAGCUGUUAGCGAGGAACCAACGGAUAAUACGGACACAAGUUCACCACAAUUCGGAAGCAGAGAAUCGCUAAACAAUUGGCGUGUGAACGAGGCUGUUACGCUCCACAAAGGCGACGAAAAGAGCGGUUCGUUGAUUGCGGAACCGGCGCACGUAACUCGACGUACUACCAGCAAUCUCGUCGCGCCUUCGGACGUCGUUCCUGGGGAAGCAUCAGACCACGACGAGUCGAAAUCCGACUUCAUCUCGAAACGUCGUGAACCGCCGGCUUAUACAUCCAGUAAAUCAAUGAUGAAUCUACGAGAAAUGUCGGCUUCUGGUAUGCAUGGUGUACUUGCGGACCAACUCGAUCGACCACCGCGAAAAAUUCGAAGCCGAUGGGGGGAUCCGCUGCCGAAUUGGCAACGUGAGGAAUGGUCGCCAGCGAUUAUAUUCCAACCAUCUGCCCCUAACACUAUGUCGCCGAAUUAUCAAGGCUUUGCUCCACAGCCUCAAGAGUCACAAACGGGCUUCGCGCGAACACCUCUGUCUACGAAUCGCACCCAACCGACAUCAUCGCAGCCGCGAACACCUCAGUCAGCGACAAUGAUGACACAGCGAUCGUCGUUGCCAACGACGCCGGCUGUGACGCCGUCGCAGUCUGGACUGCAGCAAAUCGCAUCGCUGUCGCGAUUCCAGCAGUUCCGACGCGAUUCACCGGAUCGUGUGAGCUUGACUAAGAAACACAUGGAUCACGAUAUUCAGCCCCGAACUGUUUGGUCUCCUCAUACUAUGACACCGAAACGAACCACUUCCAAUAUGCAAGCAAUCGCACCAUCAGGAGCAGCAGCCAGUGCAAUCACAAGACGACCGGACGAUUACACCUCAUCGAAUUUGCAUUUACGAAGUCGAAGUCAAAGUCCGAAUCAUAUGCUGGUGAAUCAACAACAAAAUGCUCGGCCAACGUUGAAUACCGUAAGCCGAGAGUUAACGAAAGAGCUGCAACGCCGACGAGACUCAGAUAUGUCUUAUACUGCUGUAUCUACUCGUUUAACGCCAGCCAGCUCACGAACGAACCUCAAAGAUGCUGAUACCAGGAAGAGCACUGAGGCGCUGAAUAGGAUUGCUGCGCUAAGGAGCAAACUCCAUCAGUCCAGUGAAAACCUCCGUAAAUCGUCCGAUAACCUUCGUUUUGAAGUUCAAGAUGAAAACGCGCCGACCCGGACACGCAGUAUCAGCAAUUUACGCGGUGGUAACGCUCUUGAAGCGUACGGAACGUUUGAUGCUGAUCAGACUCAAUCGAAUGCCUCGUCAUUGAUGCAAUCACGAUUACUAGCUCGUAGUGUUGGCAACGUAUCAGCAUCUGGAAGUGCAGCUGAUGGUGGUGGCGAAACAGAAACGAAUCUGGCGUCACGUCUACAGAAUACGAUCAGCAUGCUAAGAAAGGCUAGCAAUCCCGACCUCACUCAAACCUCCCUGUAUGAAGAUCCUGGUAGUCCAUGUGGUGAAAAAAUGCGACGACGUGGCGCUGUACAGAAGAAGGUUGAACGUUAUCAUCCACGUAAUCGAACGACACGACCACAGACGAGUGAGGAAAGUGACAGCAAUGGGAGUGACGCCAGCCCAUUAAAUCAGAGCAUUAAUCGACGAGUGUUGUUGGCUGGUAACAACAGGACAGUCUCUGCCAUGGAGACAUCAGCAUCAUCAAGAUUUAGUGGAUUAACGGCUCGUAAACUAUUCGAUCAACAACGAUAUGCAUCUUCAGCAAUGGCUACGGCCGUAUCGCCGCGAAGGACACCGAAUUAUUUAGCACAAAAAAUGGCUGGAGAAGAUAUGGUUGGACCAGAUUUGGGUAGUGACGACUCGCCACGAUCAUCUGUGAAUUCGAAUGAAUGGCAUACAUUGAUGGAAGAUGGAUCAUCUUGUCAACAAUUAGUACGUCACGUACAAGAGUGCCUUGAGCAAUUACAAAUGUAUGCCGAUAAAACUAUUCAAGCGCGUAUGCUGGUUGACGAAGCGUCGAUAACGACAGAGCAGAAACGACUCCUUAUGAGCGAAAUUUCUAAGAUGAGUCAGAAAAUAUUAGAAAAAGUGGUGAACAGUGCCAGAUCACCAAGCUCAAUCGAUGACGCUAACGGGAACGACUAUACGCCCAAGAAAACUCAAUACUUUUAAUUAACAUAUGUGCCUUAUAUUGUACCAUAGUGUUCUUUCAUUUUCAUUCUUCCAUUCGUUUUAUAUUCGAGCAUUUUCGUCUUCACACCAUAUGUUGACGAAGUCUUGUCGAAGUUUUAUCAUGUGCAUGUAAAAUAAAAUUCGAAUAUCUAGAAAUGCAUUAAAGCA